AUGGCCUCUCCCAGUGAGUGCUCCCACUGCGCCGCGCUUGUCGCCAGUUCGGCCUUGACACGCUCGGCGAGGCGGUUCAGCCGCGUCUUCAGCACUGGGCAGCGAUGCGCUGCCACUGCCUCCUAUGCGCGCUUCUGCUGGAUCAGCCUUUGCACGUGGGGAGCGAGCUGGCGUAUGACCUCCGGCGGACGCGUCGUGGUACUUCCGCCAGAGCCCCUGGAGUUCCGCGUCAUGACUCCGCCAUGUCGUCAACGGCGCCUGGUGUCAUGUCCGGUGGGCCGGUGCAGGGUGUCUCAACAUGACUCGAACGUUCCAGUCGGUGACCCUCAGGUGCGCGCAGGCGGGGAGGUGCCCCCCGACGUGCACAGCACUGGCUGGUGGUCCGACUGA